ACGUUUUAAGUGUGAGAAAGAAAAAGUAGUAGUUUAUGUUAAAUUUAAGAUAAAAAUGGAAGAUAGCUUUUACAUAAUUUUCAUUUUAAGGUAUGUAUAUUUAGAUGUGAGUUUUUAAUAAUGCAUUAAGGUGUAUAAGUUGGUGUUGAUGUUAUUUAUUGUUGAUAAUCGUGUUAGAUUAUUAUUAUUAUGUACCCAUAUGAUAGGAAACAGCUGGACGAUUUGGACUUCGCAGAUGAUCUGGCUCUUCUAUCGCACACACAACAACAAAUGCAUGAGAACACGACCAGUGUAGCAGUACCCUCAGCAGCAUUUGGUCUCAAUAUACACAAAGGGAAAAGCAAGAUUCUCCGAUACAACACAGCAUACAACAAUCAAAUCACACUUGACGCAGAAGCCUUGGAAGAUGCAAAAACACUUACAUAUCUGAGCAGCAUCAUUGAUGAACACGAUGGAUCUGAUGUAGAAGUGGAAACGCGGAUCGGCAAAGCAAGAGCAGCAUACCUACAACUGAAGAACAUCCGGAACUUAAAACAAAUGUCAAGCAACACCAAGGUCAGAAUUUUCAAUACAAAUGUCAAGACAGUUCUACUGUAUGGGUUGGAAACCUGGAGAACUACAAAGCCAUCAUCCAGAAGAUACAAGUGUUUAUUAACAGUUAUCUAUGCGAAAUACUUCUGAUCCGCUGACCAGACACUAUUAGCAACAACAACCUACUGUGGGAGAAAACAAACCAGAUCUCAGUGGAAGAAGAAAUCAAGAAGAAGCGUUGGAAGUGGAUAGGACACACAUUGAGGAAAGCACCCAACUGUGUCACAACGCCAACUCUCACAUGGAAUCCUCAAUGUCAAGGCAGGAGAGGAAAACCAAAGAAUCCAUUACGCUGAGAUGUGAAGACAGACAAUGAGAAGAAUGAACGAGAAUUGGAUAGAACUAGAAAAGAAAGCCCAUUUUGGUGUGGGUUGGAGAAUGCUUGUCGGUGGCCUAUGCUCCACUGGGAGUAACAGGCGUAAGUAAGUAAUACGAUAAUCAAUAACUAUUAUUAUAAUCGAUAUUCACUUAAACUUUGAAUAUUAGAAUCAAGAAACACUUAUGAUGUUUGGUAUUAUCCACAGUCAUGAAAUGUAUGUCAGAAAGAUCUAAUGUUCUUCGAGUAUAUAUGUUAUGGCAACUGUCGGACAAACAAUCCAGACUAUGGUAAAUUUUGGUUAACCCCUUUUGUUAUUCACUUACUUAGCAGACAAUGUUAUUAGAACAGUAACAAUUUGCAUAUUUCUUUGUACCGUUAUGAUCACUAGAUUACAUGACAGAAUCUAGAUAAAAUGGUGAUUGCUUAGAUAUCACUCGAUGAUUCAUCCUCCUCCCCAUGUAUAUAUGUACUGAAAUCUGAUUAUUAGCUUUUGCUUUGGUUUGCUUUGCUAUGCCCUCAUGUGAUUUGACUAUAAAUUUGUCUAUGUAAUUACUCGCAUAUACAUAUUCCCCUCUGCUUCAAAUUCAAAUUCGUUUGAUAUGUUUAUAAUUUUGUGUUAUUCAUUAUCCUCAAAUAAAUUGUAGUUGCCUCUUCAUAUUGUCUUCUAAUUUCAAAUACCGUUGAAAUUUUUAUUAUACGGUUACAAGGGUGCAUAUAUGAUAAUCAGUGAAUCUUAUUAUAUUGAUAUCCACUUAAACUUUGAAUACUAGAAACAAGAUACACUUAUACUGUUUGAUAUUAUCUACAGGUAUGAAAUGUACGUUAAAGGGAACUUAUAUUCUUCAUAAAUAUAUAAUAUGUAGGCAAGUUAUAUCAAUGAAUAUUCCGGAUUUCAGAAGAAUUGAUUAUUUUAGACAUUGGAUCUUUCAUUUCGUAAAAAUGUCCAUUAUAAGCUAGUAGGUUAUGCAUAAUGGUAAUUAUGUGAUCAAAAUAAGUGUUA